GCGAUCAUCUUCGCCCCCUUCCCGAUUUGGAUCGCCACUCUCCCCGCCUCUGCCUGCCCGCGCCCUCGCCUGCCGCCCUGCCCCUGCCACGCACUCUCGCCACGACCACGACUCACGACCACCCCGCACAUAGAUACCACCCACCCUCCCCAGCUACAACGACUCGAUGGCCGAUCCCCAGCAGCCCGCCAGCGCGAGCCAGAUGCCCGACGGCGUCACAGACCCCAACUACAAGCCCCUGCCUGGCCGCCUCGGCAACCUCACCGUCCCCCAGCAGCACGCCCUCGACAAGCUCAAGAAGGAGCUCCAGACGGAGGGCCACUUUGUCCCCGAACGCCAUGACGAUGCGCUUCUCCUGCGGUUCCUCCGCGCGAGGAGAUUUGAUGUGGAGAAGGCGAAGGCGAUGCUGCUCGCGUGUGAGCAGUGGAGGAAGGACUUUGGCGUAGACGAGCUGCAGAAAAACUUUGACUUCCAGGAAAAGGCGGAGGUGGACAAGUACUACCCGCAAUACUACCACAAGAUCGACAAGGACGGGCGGCCGGUGUACAUCGAGCAGCUGGGCAAGCUCGACAUCGGGAAGCUGUACGCGAUCACGACGUCCGAGCGCCAGCUGAAGCGGCUCGUGUACGAGUACGAGAAGAACAACAGCGAGCGCAUGCCCGCGUGCUCGCGCCUCAGCGGCCACCCCGUCGAGACGUCCUGCACGAUCCUCGACCUCCAGGGCGUGUCCAUCUCCAACUUCUACCGCGUCAAGGACUACGUCAUGCAGGCGUCCGCCAUCGGCCAGGACCGCUACCCCGAGUCGAUGGGCAAGUUCUACAUCAUCAACGCCCCCUGGGCCUUCUCCGCCGUCUGGUCCAUCAUCAAGCCCUGGCUCGACGAGGUCACCGUCUCCAAGAUCGACAUCCUCGGCAGGGACUACAAGACGAAGCUCCUCGACCAGAUCCCCGCGGAGAACCUCCCCAAGGACUUUGGCGGGACGUGCCAGUGCGCCGGCGGGUGUUCGCUGAGCGACGCCGGCCCCUGGAACCCGUCUUGGGAGCAGCCGGAGAAGGCGGGCGCGUAGAGGCUGAUGCGUAUCGCGGGGUCGGCGAGGGACAUAGUACUCUACCCGUAUACCUUAAUAGACACGACAUGCUAUCCAGUCUUCGCUUUGCAGGCAAUCCGUCCUCUUUUCAUUUCUGCUCCUGCUCCGCAUACGUAGGCGCCGGGGUCGCGCGUGGCUACUGACCGGCUUGUACGCAACGCUGAGCGUUACUUAUCACGCCUAUGUACGUGGGCAUCUCGCGAUUGGUCUCCAUUCACAAACCGUAACACUCGUAAUAUCCACGUUGCGGGUCUACAGCGAGAGCACAUUAAUUCACAGGUAUUGCAUGCUGACACCGUGACGCGGCGCGGGCAAUUCGAACUUUGCUCC